AUGAUUACCCUAUUAAAAAAUUUGUUGCUUUCGCGGGAGGAGCGUAAAAAUGAAUUGGUCUCAAAAUUGGAGGAGGAACAGCGUUAUUUGGAUGAAGAACUAGACGAUGAGAAUAUAAACACCAAGGCCCAGCCAACAUCUUGCAUGCAAAAUGUCAUACAAAAUGUUACCAUCAACGACAAUGAACCACGUGAGGUGAAUGGCAAUAGCAAUAGUGGGUGCUUUAAGAGGACAGGUAUAAUAAGUAGCUUGAAAAGCAACCAUGGCACCAUUGACCACGGGAUCUUUUUCGACAUGAAUGUGGCCUUAUCAAUCUCUUCCGAGUUAAAAGUAGGCUGUCGUGUCGAGUACUUAGCCUACAAACAUUCGGCCACAGAUCAUAUCAAAGUGGUUAAAAUCGAACAAAUUAUGGACCAAUAUUGGGAUGAUAAGCAGCCGACAGAACAAAAGAUUGAAGAACAAAUAGAAGAGUUAAAAUCUGAACAACCGAAAUACUUUAAUACUCAUCAACGCAACAUUUUGGGUUUGAUUACGGAACGUAAACCCGACUCGAUUCUUGUUGAUACCGAUUACAAGGUUAUGAGCAUUCACUUGGAUUCCAUUGAAAUUGAUUUUGUUCCGAAGGAGGGUGAUCGUGUCUAUGUUUGUUGUAAUGUACAAAGUGAUGAACAUUUUAUAGAUAAAGCUGGCGAAAUUCUGCAGGAAGUUAGUGUACAUCCAGCACGUUUAAUGAAACAGGAAAAAUGCACUGUAAAACGUGUCCUACCCGAUUGGGGGGUGCUGAACGAUGAUGCCUAUUAUACGAAUGAUAUAUUACCCGCAGCCUGUAAACUUAAUGUGGGCGAUACCGUGUGUGCUGACCUUAUUGAGUGUGAAAGGGGUGAAUUCAUUUGGCGCUGUAUCAAACUAGCUGUCGUCGAACAGGCCUACGUCCCCCAAGUCUAUGAGUCCACACAACGUGUCAUUGAACAAAAAACGGAACAUCGUGCCGUUACAGUAUCCCCCGAUGUCAGUUGUGUGUUCACAUCAACAUUUCAAAAGAAAGAAAUUGAAUUUGUUUGCACAAAUAAUUGUGAUCGUUCUUUUCAAGCUACAGUUGAGUUUUUGGGACGUAAGCGAGAUACACAAAUACGUGUCUUGGAUCCAGAACCUGGUACAACAUUUCAUUUGGGUCCAAAUGAAAAACUCAGCAUACAUUUCGAAGUAGAAUCCAAAAUUUAUGGAGAAAAUCAAGAAUAUUUUGUAAUUAAAUUCGAAAAGUUCCGCAUAAAGCGAUCGGUAACUGUGAUUGUUUGUGAAACCGAAGCUGAGGCCGAGGCGGUGCAACAGGCCAUUGAUAUGCAGAAGGAAAAUGAGAGUAGUUCAAAUAUACCCGGUGCAGGGGGACGUAAUGCGGCACAUCGUUCACGUUAUUAUGCCAAUCAGGUCUGGUCUAAACGCAGCGAGGUGAUCCCCGGUGUUGGCAUUGCCACCAAACGCCGUUUUAUUGCCCAACGCAUUGGCUAUUUUGAGGUACCGGAACGUCUAUGCAAAGCCUAUUUAACUUCCGACAAAAAACAAGAUAUGCUUGACAAUAUUGAACAAAUGUUUCCAAGUAUAAAACAAGAACUGUGCAUGUCCAAUUAUGUUACACGUUUCCAGACCCUUAUCUAUUUGGAAGAAAUUGAGUACUUCGUUAACUUCCGUAACUAUGAUCGUGAGCGGGCUCACUUUACACGUGAAGGAGAAUAUCUAUCGCUGCAAAUUGACAAUCUGGCGGAGAGAAGACCCUCAUUGGUUAUUGGUGAUGUGGUGCGGGCCAUUAAUCCUUGGAGUGAUCGAGAUGGUGAUAAACGCAAUUAUGAUGGUGUCAUACACAAGGUGCUGUUUAAUCGUGUCCUAUUGAAAUUCAAUGCCGGCUUCCAAGAGAAAUACAAUGGCGAAGAUUAUCGUUUGGAAUUCUUUUUCUCGCGGUUUGGUUUUCGCAAACAACAUUUCGCCAUACAAAAAGUUGUUCGGCAUUUGGGUGAACAGUUUUUGUUUCCAUCACGUGUUUAUCUCAGGGAACAGCCUCAGCUGGAUGUGCAAUUGGAUGAGGAUUAUAAUUUGCAAUUGAAUGGCAAUACCUAUCGUUGGUAUAAUCCCAUUUUGAAUCCCAUACAAAAGGUGGCUGUGUCGAAAAUUCUACGUGGAGAGGCCCAAAAUAUGCCAUAUGUCAUCUUUGGACCACCUGGAACGGGAAAAACCAUGACAUUGGUGGAAACUAUUUUGCAGUUGGUGAAAUUAUUGCCCAGCUCACGUCUAUUGGUGGGUACUCCCUCUAACAGUUCGGCAGAUUUAAUUACCACCCGGCUAAUUGAAAGUGGUGAUCUUCAAGCUGGAGAUUUUAUACGACUGGUGUCACAGAAUCAAAUUGAAAGGGAGUUAAUACCCAGCCAUCUGCAGCCGUAUUGUGCCACCAUCGAUGUUGCGGCCGAUGGCACCUGUAAUGAUUCAAUGAUUGUCACCGAAUCGGGCCUCAAACUCAAAUGUCAAAUGAAAUAUUUGGGUAGACAUAGGGUUACCAUUGGCACUUGCUCUACUUUGGGGAAUUUCCUUCAAAUGGAUUUCCCUCCUGGUCACUUUACCCAUGUGCUCAUCGAUGAGUCGGGCCAGUGUACAGAAUCUGAGGUCAUGGUUGCCAUUACCCAAGUCUCCAAAACCCGCGGCCAGGUCAUACUCGCUGGCGAUCCACAUCAAUUGCAGGCAAUUGUUAUAAACCGUUACGCUGGCGAAAGAGGUUUUACAACAUCAUUCCUGGAGCGAAUACUCACACGAUCACCAUAUUUGCGAGACAUUAUACGUUAUCCAGAUUCUUGUGGUUUUGAUCCACGUUUGGUAACAAAAUUGCUGUACAACUAUCGUGCCCUACCCUCCAUAUUAAAUGUUUACAAUGAGUUGUUUUAUGAUUCCGAAUUAUUGCCCAUGAUAAAGGACGAUUCAAGGGAAGCCAAUAUGAUAAAGAGUAUAAGUGAUCUAUUGCCAGAUUCUCAUACCCGACCCGCCACUCAUGGUGCCUUCUUUUAUGGCAUGCUAAGUGAAAAUAUGCAAGAAAAGGAUUCGCCUUCGUGGUACAAUCCUCAUGAAGCAAAGAAUGUUUUCCUAAUGACCCUGCAGCUUUAUCGCAAGAAUAUCAAGCCAGAAAGUAUUGGCAUUAUUACACCCUAUAUGAAGCAAGUGAAACAUUUGAGAAAUCUUUUUACCACUGCCGAUAUUGCCAUGCCUAAAAUUGGUUCUGUUGAGGAAUUUCAGGGACAGGAACGUGACAUCAUUCUCAUUUCAACGGUACGCUCCACCAAGAAACACUUACCAAACGAUAUACGUCAUUCAUUGGGUUUUGUCCAGUGUGCCAAACGUAUGAAUGUCGCCAUAUCUCGUGCUCGUUAUUUACUCUACAUUUUUGGUAAUCCCCAUCUGCUGGUUUUGGAUCCAUGUUGGCGUUCAUACAUUAGGUAUUGUGUUGAAAAUGAUGCUUAUUUAGGUUGCGAUUUACCACCAGGUUUAUACGAACCAUUAGAGCUGGCAGCAAAUGGCGAAGAAAAGGACAACGAUGUGGAAAAUUGAAUAGAAACACACUUUUAACUUUACAAAUUUCAAUAUAGUCGUAAGAAUUUAAAAAUUGCAAUCCAAAGAAAUAGGGAAAUAUGAAGAAAUGAGUGAAAUAAAUUCCUAUAGUCUUUGAAUAUAUUAAUGAUUUCAAAUUUCAAACAAUAAAAUUGUUCGACCAUCAAAAA